CAACACUGUCGACGACGUAUAUGUAACCUCGUCCACGAAAACAUAACCGCUAAAGUCAGCUGUCACUUCGAUCGCAAAAAUGAGCCGCGCCGAUAGAGAAACCGAUGUGCAAUUUGAGGAAGAUGGAUUUGGCAUGUUCACCGACAGAACGACUGGGAAAAGUGCCUCAGUGAGAAGAUUUACUUGGAAAAAUGCCAAUAAUGUUACUGUUCAGGUUAUUACUUAUGGAGCCACGAUCACGUCGAUAAGACUGCCGGGGAAGAACGGGGUAGUUGAGGAUAUUGUUAUGGGGUUUGAUAACAUGGAAGGGUAUUUAAAUCACCUUAAUCCGUAUUUCGGCGCCACGGUCGGCCGAGUGGCAAACAGAACCGGUUAUGCCAAAAUAACCAUCGGAGAAAAUACCUACAACGUUUCGGCCAACCUGGGAAAACACCAGCUCCACGGAGGUUUCAUAGGAUUCGACAAAGUCAACUGGAACCAUUAUGUUCAUGGAAAGAAGGUGAUACUCAGCUAUUUAUCCGUCGACAAAGAAGAGGGUUUCCCUGGAGAUGUGCUGACCAGCAUUUCUUUCGAAUUAAACAACGACAAUGAAUUUUUGGUAGACUUUAAAGCUACUAGUAGCAAGCCCACGGUUAUUAACUUAACUAACCAUUCUUACUUUAACUUGGCUGGACAUGAUAAGGGUGCUGAGGAGCUGUACAAGCAUGUUGUGUCGAUAAACGCAGAUCAUACUACAGAUGUCGAUAAGGACUCUAUUCCUACAGGUAAACUUCUUAGAGUCGUUGAUACGGUAUUCGAUUUGAGAAUUCCCAAAGUUCUUGGUGACGUCAUCCAUAAAAUACCUGGCUAUGAUGGAUACGAUCACAAUUUCUGCAUCAACAAAGCUUCCAAGCAACAGAGUACUUUUGCAGCGAGAGCGUUUCAUCCUCCCAGCGGGAGAGCCUUGGAAGUUUACACCAAUCAACCUGGAGUUCAAUUCUACUGCUCAAACAGCAUACCCGAGGAUCCCAAAAAGGCAAAAGGUAACACAAAACCAGAUACAUUGGUUGGGAAACAUGGACGUCAUUAUUACAAACAUGGUGCCUUCUGUUUUGAAACUCAAGAUUGGCCAGACGCAAGCAAUCAUAAAAACUUCCCUUCGCCGAUUUUAAAUCCAGGUGACACGUACCAUCACAGUGUUAUUUAUAAAUUUUUUGUUAAUUAAAGUACUCGAAGACUGAUCUGUUAGUCAAUGUAUGCUUAUUCUGUAGCAAAAUAAUAAAUAAUUUAAUAUC